AUGCAGCUGAUCCUUGAGUCUAUCCCUGUGAUCCAUGAGGAGGACAGACAGGAGCUGCAGAGUGUCAUCCCAGUGUUUAUUAAAAACGACAUGACUGUACCACACACUCCACUGGCUAAACUGCUGCCAGGGGUCAGCUCUGAGGCUCUGGACUUUUUGGAGAAGAUCUUGACCUUUAACCCCAUGGACCGGCUGACAGCGGAGGAGGCUCUGGCUCACCCCUAUAUGAGCGUGUACUCGUUCCCUCUGGAUGAACCUGUGUCCUCUCACCCCUUCCACAUCGAGGACGAGGUGGACGACAUCCUGCUCAUGGACGAGAGCCACAGUCACAUCUACAACUGGGACAGGUACCAUGAGAGUCAGCUGUCGGAGCCAGAGUGGCCCCUGCAGAGCGUGGGGGAGGUGGAGGAGGUGCAGCGUGACCCGCGCGCCAUGUCCGACAUCACGGAUGACGAGGAGGCACAGCUGGACCCGCGCAAGUACGCGGAUGCCGAGAGCGAGAAGUUCCUGGACGAGCAGCCGUUUGACUUGGCGCCGAGCCAGCGGCGUGACGAGGGCGUCCACCACGAGAACAAGUACUGUGAGCUGGAGUGCGGCCACACCUGCAACUACAAGGCCGCGUCCCAGUCCUACCUGGACAACCUGAUCUGGAGGGAGAGUGAGGUGAACCACUACUACGAGCCCAAGCUCAUCAUCGACCUCUCCAACUGGAAGGAGCAGCAGAGCAAAGAGAGAGCAGACCGCAAGAGCAAGAGCAAGUGUGAGAAGAACGGCCUGGUCAAGGCUCAGCUGGACAAGGAGAAGCACCAACACCAUCAACACCAAAACCAACACCAUCAGGGCUUCGACUUCGACUCCUUCAUCGCCGGCACCAUCCGACUCAGCCUGCAGCCCGAGACCCGAGACAUCGGCCUGCUCAACGAACUCAACAGCUCCGUGUCUCAGCUCGGCAAAUCAGCCAGCCAGGAGAAGGACGAGAAGUGUCAGCACACUAGCCAGGAGAAGGACGAGAAGUGUCAGGUGAACCUGGCUCAGCAGUGCCCAUGGGAGAGCAGCGGGACUGAGAGCUGUCUGAUCGAUGAGGCGUGCUGGGACCAGCAGAAAGACAGCGGAGGAUACGGCGGAGGAUACACCAGCUACCUAGAUCGCCUCUUCAGCAAAAAAGAGGAGGAGAAUCCCUCCGUCUGCUCCCCGGACGAGGCGGAGCCGCCGCAGAGGGAAGAAGCCCCGCCCCGACUGGGAGGCGAGAUCGUCCUGGAGUCUCUCGGGUUCGACGCCAAAAAAUCUCUGCAGGCUCACGUCAGGUGUUCGCCUCAGAUCGCCCACAAGACCUACAGCAGCAUCCUCAAACACCUGAAUUAAACAGCCGUGAGCGGGUUAUACCACACAUCCGCCCUGUCCUGCAGGGGGCGGGGUCAGUGCUCCUGAGCCAAUCACGGGGCGGUGUUUCUCUGUCUGAGACGAUCCGUUAGUGUUUUUCCUGAAGUGGCCACGCUUCAACAGAGCCGCAAUUCUGAAUCUUGGGAUGUGUCGUAUAACCGAAACACACACACACACACACACACACACACACACACACACAAGGAGCUCGGCCGGUCCUUUAUUUUUUUAUCCUGUAUGUUUAGUGUGUUAUUUUACUUGAAGCAUUUCAGAACUUUACACACACGGCUACUUUUUAAUUUCGUUUAAUGGCUCAGAGAGAAAGAGAAAGAGAGAAUGAUCAGUUCUUGAUUCACUAAAGAGCUUCAGUGUUCACGUUUUUUUGUUUUUGUUUUCCAGAAAUAUAAAAACAGGAAAAAUAUACCUUUUUAAAAACACACACACCCAGAGAACUGAGACUGGCAUGCCAUUUGCACACAGCAUACUGUAGAGCCACAUACACACGCUAGAGGAGCACUCAGAACCUGUCUAGAGAGGAAAUAAACAAAAACACCAGGGAGGAAGGAACACUGCACUAACCGUGAGACAAGGUGACGUCACCGACAUUACCACUGACCCCGCCCCCUUUCCUCCUCCUCUUUAGAUACCAACCUGUUUAUAUUCCCCCUCCUCUUUCUCACACACACCAAAGUCCCCUGGCCUGUCUUUUUUUUUUUCUUUUUCUUUAAUUUUUUUUCCUACACUAUUCCAAAGCUUUAUUUAUUUAUCAACCUCUUCUGUAUUAUUAUUAUUGUUGUUAUUAUUAUUAUUAUUUUGUUAUAUUUUUAAAAGUAUUUUUUUUAUUUAUGUUUUGUUUAGGUUGUUUCCCCUCAGCACACACACACACUUUUAUAUAUAUAUAUAUAUAUAUAUAUAUAUAUAUACACACAUAUAUUAUGUAUGUAUGUACACUUCAUACAUAUAUCACCCCAUGAAGAUUAAGAACGUUUUUUUACUGUAAUAUAUAUUUUUAAAAACACAGUUUGAAGUGUAUUGUUAAUUUAGUAACGCUGAUAUUUAACCCUUCUCUUCUGAACCCCACAGCGUUUUUGCCAUCACAGUUCAUUAAAAAAAUUUUUCCCAUCUAUGUUUUUCCCUUUUUACAAAGUUAAACCUGAAUUUUACAUUUUUAUCGCUAAUUUUUAAUUUCGAGUCGUCUUCAACACCCACACUCCCAAAACUCCCAUCACUUAUUUUUUUUUUCCUAUUUUAAAAAUACAUUUUUAUAUCCAUCACUAUACUUUGUGGCCCUUUUAUACACUAUAUUGCCAAAAGUUUUGGGACGUCUGCCUUUACAAGCCCAUGAAUGUAAUAUGGAGUUGUCCCGCCCCUUUGCAGCUAUAACAGCUUCAACUCUUCUGGGAAGGCUUUCCACAAGGUUUAGGAGUGUGUUUAUGGGAAUUUUGACCAUUCUUCUAGAAUGGUGGACAUUUGUGAGGUCAGGCACUGAUGUUGGAUGAGAAGGUCUGUCUCACAGUCUCCACUCUAAUUCAUCCCAAAGGUGUUCUAUGGGGUUGAGGUCAGGACUCUGUGAAGUUCCUCCACACCAAACUCAUCCAAUCAUGUUGGAACAGGAAGGGGUCAUCCCCAAACUGUUCCCACAAAGAGCAUGAAAUUGUCCAAAAUGUCUUGGUAUGAAGCUGAAGCAUUAAGAGUUCCUUUCACUGGAACUAAGGGGCCGAGAUCAACCCCUGAAAAACAACACCUGAAUUCAGUGAUUUGGAGGGGUGUCCCGAAACUUUUGGCAAUAUAGUGUAUCAUUCUUACUACUUUUUUUUUAAAACUUUUAAUAUACUCUCACAGAUGUUUAAUGUAACAUAAAUCCCUUUAUUUUUGUGUUUUUUUAUAUAUAUAUCUCCUUCUCUCCUCCUUUUCUCCCUCUUUUCCUCCCCCUCUCCCUCCAGUUGUCGGUGACUUCUCCGUAUCCCAGGUGUGUUUAUUCGGACCCGAUGCCAGCAGCUCAGCCGUUUUAGUUUUCCUUUUUAUUUUUUAAAACCUGUAGAUUAACGUAAAGUGUGUUAUCUACCUCAGAGGUAACUGUAGACAUGCGGUGUGUGUGUGUGUCACUCGCCCUGUACGACCUUUCAGUGCCCUGAUCACAUGGCUGUUUUAUUCUUUCUAUCUCUUUUUUUCGCCAUAGUGAAGUGUUAUCACGUAUUUAUUUUUGAAUCCUAUCUGGUGAUAUCUAUUUAUUUUAUUUUACGAGCCGUCGUUAUGUUUCAAUGUGAUCCUGAAUGGCGACUGAGGCAUCGAACCUUCCAUCUUGUGUGUGUGUGUGUGAGAGAGAGAGAGAGAGAGUGUGUAUAAAAACAGCUGGAGGAUCCUUUGUGAAGAACUCUCUUGUUUUUCCAGCGUUCCUUUUUUUAAGGAAAUGAUGUUUUUUUGUUGUUUUUGUUUUGUUGUUUUUAACGUGGAGGUGCGGAAGUGAAAGGAAGUGUUUUACGGAAUCAGCGCACCUGAAAGUCUUAAUGUCUCCUGUUUUUCCUCCUCCUUUUCACACCCCUGUGCAGUUCCAUGUGCACAGACGAUCCGCUAUGGAAGGUACAUCUGAAGCGAAGUUAGCGGCGCCCUCGCCUUUCUCCCAGGUUUAUUUCUUUUCUCCCACGUGAGCAUGAUCGAGGUUUAAGCUUAUUCUAGCAUGUUAGUAGAGCUGUGGACUUCUUCUCUUUUUAUUCUUAUUUUUUAUUUGAUUUUGUUUCUUUGUGUUUCGGUUGAUGAACUGAUACUCCGUUGGUUCCCUUGUAAAAUAAAUCAAAUAAAAAUGGCCGGGUGAAAUUGA